GUGCUGUCUGCACUGUAGUCAGGGGAGGGCAGAUGUAUCAGGAAAGUAACUGGUCAGAGAACUCAACAUAAGACAGAUCUGAGAGACGAAGAGGCACCAGAGCCACGAUGAAGACUUUGUGUGUUGCUGUUGUUGUGCUGAGUCUCAUCUCAGUGUGUCCGGCUGCAUCACUGGCCUGUCAGAAGCUGCUGGAGCCAGUAGACACAGACCCAGAUAUUUCUGGAACAUGGCACUUCAUCGCUGUUUCUACCAAGUACUGUUGGGUUUCAACAAUAAUUAAUGUUUUGUUUUGGCCAAGUAUUGCAGUGGACGUUACAGCUAAGGACACACCAAACAUCUACGAUGCCAACGUUAAGUUUAAAGUGUAUGGAAAGUGCGUCAACGAGUCGACAUCACUUCACUAUGCAAACCACAACCUCUUUAAAGCCAACAGUAACAAUGCUCCAACUGGUGAAGCAGACGUGCUGCUGCAGACUGGUUGUCCUGACUGUGUCGUUGUAAAGGUGGUGGACGUCAUAACUAUUCUUGCACUCUUCAGUAGGAGAAAGAUCGUCGAUGCUGCUGAACUGAAGGAGUUUGAGACACAAGCCCAGUGUCUGGGCUGGUCCAAACCACUGGUCUUAAACACAGAUCACGAUUAUGAAAACUGCAUAUCUCUUGAUGAUGCAAAGAUUGAUAUGAAAGUGGGAACCACCUUCUUUACCAAGAUGUAUGACAGGGUGGAAAGCAUGUAUCACAAACUAAAUGAGUGUUUCAAAGACACUGUUCUUGCCUACCUUCCUACUUCCAAAUAAAUAUUCAUUGCUUGAUGAGCCUUGUUUAGAUCAUGUAAGACAUGAAUGUCACUUUUCAUCUCUUGACUGGAAUACAAAUAAAGACAGGCCUAGUAUUCCA